GCACUCGGGAUUCUCCAUCGGGACGGGAGAAUAAUUGUUUCGUCUAUUUGUAUGGUACCAUGGUACUAUCGUAUAGCUGCGAGGCAGACUCGCCGAGGUGAGGAAUCUUUAUUUCGUGUAGGCCGAGGAUGUUAUAUAUGUGUACAGAUAUGGACGCGUGUUAAGGUGUUGGCAAAGUGCGUCUAUGCUCCAACAACAACCCUAUUUCGUUCCAGCCUGUUAUUCCAAAACUUGUUGUUAACUGACGAACGAGCACUGUACAACUAGCCGCUUAGUUCGGGUUUCUCACAGUGGUGCCGUGUAUCAGCCUGUAUGUCUUUAGAUCAUUACGAACUCUGUGUAAUAUCAUUUCGCUUGUAAGGUUGAACUGUGCGUACGUUUAAUUACAGAAAACUAACACGGAUUUGAUCUCAUACUUCAAAAAAAUGUAAGCAGACAAUUUCUGUUAGUGCCGAAGACAGUCAGGCCAUUGGUGUUUAUAGUUCUACCAAGGAUGUACACACAAGUGGGAGCAAUAUUGUGUUUACAUUUAGGUAUAUUUAUCUGACAAAUCCAUUUCGUUUGCUCGUUAUUCUUUCUCAAAGUUCUGUUGUGACGCAAGCAAGUGGAUUUAUGACGACUCUGUAUAAAGAAGUGAUGUCUGUUUGAGAAGCAAUAUCAAUGGGUAGUGUUUAUCAGGAAUCGUAAGGGUUAAGCAUCACUCAUUACUGUCGAUGCUCGUCUAUUUACACAACGCUGUGUACUCAAUUCCGUUUGACCUUCACGCCAAGCGGUAUCGUACGCACACAGAAAAAUACGAAACGAAUCAGCUGGCAAGGACACGCGCGUGAGAGGCUAUUAGACAUGGAGUAGCAAAAAGGGCGGCUAAUAGCAGACGAUAGUUUCGGGCUCUGUAAUCCCGUCCCCACGGCCUGUGUUGUUUUAUAGUCUGAAGGACAUUUGUAAAAUGUCCGAUUUGGAGGAGGAUGGUAGCAGUCGUUUCGACCAUAUAGAUUUAGACAGCAUUCUGAGUAGAGUGGAAAGGCGGGGGCCACUUACGUUCACGAAAAGAAGGUGCCUAUACAGAGCACCUGAGUUUGUAAAACGGUUGUGUGGUGAAGAAACAGUGGCAGAGGGCUCCACCGUAAGCUUCACUUGUAAGGUGGUCGCCUUUCCUAAACCCUCCCUCACCCUGUACAAGGACGGUGAGCAGAUCGUCGAUCACUCACGGAUAAAUAUAGAACCGGGCGAGGGCGGGGAGUACUCACUCGUCAUCCGGAAAGUCACGAAAAAAGACGAAGCUUCCUACCGCUGUAGGGCAGAAAACGACGAAGGUUCGUCAUCGAGUACACUAUAUUUAGCGGUCAAAGCCAAAUCCCGGAGUUCUAAGAAGUCCUCCAGUCGCUCAGCAGCACACAAGCGCUCCAUGUUUCCGCCAAUCACAGAAAAGGUUGCUGAGGAGGAGGCGGAAGCGGAGGAGACCAAACGAUCACCGGAGUCGCCUCUCACACACCUGUACUACGGCCUGACAUGGAAGAACCGUGAGUGGCCGGAGUUCCUUGGCAGCUGGGCGUUCGUCAAUGGCAUGAACUCCACAGAGAGUGAUCUUGAUUUCGAUGGAAUUAGUGAUAGCAUUGAUGACAAUACCGAUGAAGAUGACGUAUUUAUGUCUGACGAUUCACUUAAUGACGCGGGGACUGAUUUCGAUACGGAAACUGAUAACUCGUCACAGCCAGAGAGUGAGGGUUACUAUGGAAACAAUCGUUACAACAAUGACCUUCCGGAAAGUUUAAAUGGAGGCAUCACGAUACCAAACCUGGUAUUCGAAAAUAAAAAUCUUGUUCGGAGUAAGGGACAUACUAAUUUGUCGUGCUUUACGUCCACUCGACCAUUAACGUUCACCAAGGACGAAAACGCCAACAAGAAAAUACUUCCGAAUGACAGAACUUAUCUGUGUAACGAUAUGCUCAAGUCAUCACCUUCCGACCAUUGCAAUGACUUCAAAUCCGAACCGGAAAUAGACUCUCCGAAGGGAGGUUACUCCUGUGAUAAAACAACAACUGUGGAAGUGGUGUCGCAUCCUGAUGAAAUAAACUGGUUAGCAAUAUGUUUGAUGUCGUCCAGUUCGACAUCGUUAGCGUUGUUUCUGGACGUUGCCCCGCACGUAUUUAUUUUCUCUUUAUUGAUUGGCCAACUGUUAUACAUAUUAAUACGGUUUUUGUUGAAUAUGGAAUGAUAUGCUGAACAUAAUUGUCACUGAAAAAUGUCCUGUUAUAUUUGUCAAUGCGUUUUUGACAUUUAUGCAGCAUCAACAUUAAUUUAUUACUAUGCAAUGACGUCAAGGGUUUCAUGUGGUAACUGUCCAAAUCUAGGCUAACACUGGUAACUAUGGUAACAAAUCAAACGGUUUCUCAUAUCAGACUUUUAACAUUGUAUUUCAUUCACUAACAUUUAUAAAAAAAAAGAUGAACUCAAUAUAACAUAUUCGAUCUGGAAACAUGUUUGCUUUUGAAAAUGGUCUUGCUAAAAUUAAUAACGGCUUUUGUUGAAGACUUUCACGUUGUAGAUACGAAAUUUUAAGGUCGUUUACAGGUUUUUCCUGAUCAUAUUUAACAUACGAACACGUUUUGGGGUAAUAUUAGUAGCAAGAACACUGACUUCUAGACCUACGGUUUCUUUAUGUAUGGACAUUCAGCAAACACUGAAAUUUCGUUAGACUUUUUUCAAUUUCGAUUACGUUUUGCAACAGUAUUGAAUUUUGAAGAAAGAACAAGAUACUCUUCGAGAUUAACAGAACUAAUAUGACGAACAUUGCACAUCGAUUAACAUUGAUUCUUCUCAAUUGUGAGCGCACUCAAAGACUGUUGAAUACUCAAGCCUGUAUUUGUUCGGGCGUACCGACUGUUUAUUGUAUAAUCUUGUGGUAACGGUAUAUAUACAGCCUAAUCAAACAGGACCGUGCUUUGUUGAGUAAUUCCAUGCUGUCUAUCAGAAUGUAGUCACAUUAGAAAGGUUGGUUGCAUUAAAAUGAUAUGCAUGUUUACCGCUCAAGGUCUCCGUUUAAUGCCAAUUAACGUUGUUAAGACUAAACCAGGCAUUGUUUGAUAUGUACUUCCAUUUGCGAUACUAAGCUGCAUACAUGUAUAGAAAAUAUUUGGUCAUGUGUACAGUAUGUGUACAGUAUUGUACAGUAUGUGUAC